AUGGUUAUCAGUUCAGACUCCAAAAACGCCGGUUUGAGUGCCACGUCCGUAGACGGGAGCGCACUCCAACCUUCCAUCUCCAGUCGAUCCAAGGCAGCAGAGGCAGCUGGCUACAAUCAGAACCAAACCAUCAUGGCAACAAUCGCAGAUGACGAUGACCGCCUACUCGUGCGCAUUGGAUACACACCUGUUCUGCAAAGACACUUCUCAAGAUGGUCUACCGUCUCCUACGCCAUCUCUAUCCUGGGUGUCUUAGGCUCAGUUCCCGCUACUUUUGGAGCUCCCAUGAGCUCUGGAGGCCCAGCCACAGCAGUAUGGGCCUGGUUCAUUGGUAGCGUCAUGGCAUACUGCAUAGCCAGUUCAGUCGCGGAGUUGGUUUCCGCAUAUCCCACAGCUGGAGGCAUGUACUAUGUUACAAAACACGUCGUGCCACCCGAACACGUUGCACCUUGGGCCUGGAUCAUUGGAUGGUGCAACUUCCUAGGCCAAGCAGCUGGUGUUGCUAGUCUGGCGUAUACAAUCUCCCAAAUGAUAUUGGCAACUGCAGUCAUGCACACCCUAGACGAUGGGGUAUCAACUUUCGAGCCGAAAGCGUACCAGACGGUUCUUCUCGCUAUCUUUGUGCUAUGCAUGUUUGGCACCAUUUGCUCUUUCCCAACAAAUUGGCUUCAUCGCAUCAUCCUAUGGUUUGCACCUAUCAACAUCAUUGCAUCAAUCUGCAUUUGUAUCGCUCUACUCAUUCUCACACCCAACAAACAAAGUGCACAAUGGGUCUUCACAACAGUCACGGAUGGUUCUGGCUGGCAAAGCAAGGGCUUCUCAUUCCUUCUCGGCUUCCUGUCUGUCGCGUGGACCAUGACCGAUUACGACGGCACAACUCACAUGUCGGAAGAGACCCACGAUGCGGCCAUUCGUGGCCCAGUAGCGAUCCGAGCGGCGAUCCUUGUUUCCGGUAUCGUUGGCUGGAUGCUGACAAUAACUUUCUGCUUUUGCAUGACAGACCCCGACGCGAUCAUGGCUACGCCGACCGGUCUUCCGGUUGCCCAGAUCUUCUUCAAUGCUGGCGGCAGGACGGGUGGGACCAUCAUGUGGUUCUUUGUCAUGCUAGUUCAGUUCUUCACCGGUUGCUCAGCCAUGUUGGCAAAUGCGAGAAUGGCCUGGGCUUUUGCUCGUGAUGCAGCUUUUCCAUUUUCGGGUUUCUGGAGCAAGGUCAACGGAUUCACGCAAACCCCAGUAAAUGCAGUGUGGCUCGUCGUAGUCUUUUGCAGCUGCCUCGAUCUCAUCGGCAUUGGAAGCACUCUAACGAUCACGGCCAUAUUCAACAUCACCGCACCCGCCCUGGACAUUAGUUAUAUCGCAGUCAUCAUUGCACACCGAUGGUAUGAAGGCACUGUGGUCUUUCACCCUGGACCAUACACGAUGGGCAGAUGGAGCAAACCGGUCAACGCGAUUGCAGUAACAUGGGUCAUCUUCAUCAGUGUCGUCCUCUUCUUCCCGACUGUCAAGCCAGUAAGACUAGACAACAUGAACUACGCCAUCUGUGUGGCUGCCUUUAUCGGUCUUUUCAGCACAGUGUGGUGGUAUGCAGGAGCGAGGAAAAAGUACACCGGCCCCCGCACAAGCGACACUAUCGACAUGCUUCCACCCGAGGAUCCGGAGGACAUUCUUAGCGAUUACGACCGCCCUUAG